UGAAUAUAUGUAUUAAUAUAUAUCAAUAUAUAUCAUCAAAUAAAGUAGACGCAGUAAAUCGAAAUAGGUUUUAUAUAAAAUUAUAUUUAUACUUUUAAAAUAAUUUAUUAUAAUGUUACGCUCUUCAAUAAAUCGAUCUAUGCAACAAAUUAAUCGCAAUUUAUCAGAAAUAAAAUGUAAACGGCUAGAAGGAAAAGUAGCAAUUGUUACAGCAUCAACACAAGGCAUUGGUUUUGCAAUAGCAAAACGUUUAGCUGAAGAAGGUGCUAAAGUAAUGAUUAGUAGCCGUAAGGAAUCAAAUGUACAAAAUGCUUUAAAGGAACUUAAGUCUAAAAAUUUAAAUGUCUGUGGUAUGACAUGUCAUGUUGGCAAAAAUGAAGAUAGAAAAUCUCUUCUUGAAAAAACCAUACAAGAAUAUCAUGGCUUGGAUAUUCUAGUACUGAAUGCAGGUAUAAAUCCAAGUUUUUCUACUUUUUUUGAAACUUCAGAAUCAGCAUGGGAUAAAAUUUUUGAUGUCAAUGUUAAAAGUACAUUUCUUUUAUUAAGAGAUUCCUUAUCAUUUUUGAGAAAGAGCAAAUCAGCAUCAGUAAUACUUAUGUCCUCAAUAGUAGGAUAUUUACCACUUGGUAUGUUAGGUGUAUAUUCUAUUAGCAAAACUGCAAUAUUAGGAAUGAAUCAUGUAGCUGCUAAUAUUCUUGCACCUGAAGGAAUUCGUGUUAAUUGUAUAGCACCUGGUAUCAUAAAGACUAAAUUUUCACAAACACUUUAUGAAAAUGAAACAGAGGAAAUGAUAUCAAAAAUACCAAUGAAUAAAUUUGGAAUAUCAGAUAAUAUAGCAAGUGUUGCUGCAUUUUUAGCAAGUGAUGAUGCUUCAUAUAUUACUGGUGAAACUAUUGUUGCUGCUGGUGGAAUGCAAAGUAGACUUUAAAUAUAUUUUAUAUGAAACUUUUACACACUAUUAAAAUUAUAUUAUUUUUUAAUAAAU